AUGUGUUACCUCAACGACGUCCACAUUGCUUGCCCAACCUGCAACAACGAAAACAAGGCAUCGCCCGAGUACGAAAAAUGCUCCGCGGCCCUAGACAAGGGAAAGGUUUGCGAAUCUGGGUACAGAAAGCGAAAGCUUUUCCGCAAAGGCGAGGAAUGCACGAAGUGCGCCAAGAUCCGGGAGAUGAAGGAUGCCGCGGCGGUCAAGUUGACCGAGGAGCUUCGAGCCAAGGGAUAUGAUGUUUAG